CCAGCUAACGUCCUGGAAGGCGACUCCAUGGAUCAAGAUGUUGAGAGCCCUGUGGCCAUUCACCAGCCAAAGUUGCCUAAGCAGGCCAGGGACGACCUGCCAAGACACAUAAGCCGAGACCGGACCAAAAGGAAAAUCCAGAGGUACGUGCGGAAGGAUGGAAAAUGCAACGUCCAUCAUGGCAAUGUGCGGGAGACCUACCGCUACCUGACAGAUAUCUUCACCACCUUAGUAGAUCUCAAGUGGAGAUUCAACCUAUUGAUUUUUGUCAUGGUUUACACAGUGACAUGGCUCUUUUUUGGGAUGAUCUGGUGGCUAAUCGCAUACAUCCGAGGAGAUAUGGACCACAUAGAGGACCCUUCAUGGACUCCCUGUGUCACCAACCUUAAUGGGUUCGUCUCUGCUUUUUUAUUCUCAAUAGAGACAGAAACCACCAUCGGUUAUGGCUACCGGGUCAUCACGGACAAGUGCCCAGAGGGAAUUAUUCUCCUCUUAAUCCAAUCUGUGCUGGGGUCCAUUGUCAAUGCAUUCAUGGUGGGAUGCAUGUUUGUAAAAAUAUCACAACCCAAGAAGAGGGCAGAGACCCUGGUUUUUUCCACCCAUGCGGUGAUCUCCAUGAGGGAUGGGAAACUGUGCCUGAUGUUCCGAGUAGGGGAUCUCAGGAAUUCCCACAUCGUUGAGGCUUCCAUCCGAGCCAAGUUGAUCAAGUCCAAACAGACCUCAGAGGGUGAGUUCAUCCCCUUGAACCAAACAGAUAUCAAUGUAGGGUAUUACACCGGGGAUGACCGCCUGUUUCUGGUAUCACCACUCAUCAUCAGCCACGAAAUUAACCAACAGAGUCCUUUCUGGGAGAUCUCCAAAGCCCAGCUGCCCAAAGAGGAACUGGAAAUUGUGGUCAUCCUAGAAGGAAUGGUGGAAGCUACAGGGAUGACAUGCCAGGCUCGGAGCUCCUACAUCACGAGUGAGAUCCUGUGGGGUUACCGGUUCACACCUGUCCUGACGCUGGAAGACGGGUUUUAUGAGGUCGACUACAACAGUUUCCACGAGACCUAUGAGACCAGCACCCCAUCUCUCAGUGCCAAAGAGCUGGCUGAGCUAGCCAGUAGGGCAGAGCUGCCCCUGAGUUGGUCUGUGUCCAGCAAACUCAACCAACAUGCAGAACUGGAGACCGAAGAAGAAGAAAAGAACCUCGAGGAACAAACAGAAAGGAAUGGUGAUGUGGCAAACCUAGAGAAUGAAUCCAAAGUUUAGUCUCCUAGCUGGGUAGCUCCUUCUCCUCUCCCCUCACACAACCUUUUCUUGUCUUUCAUUCUCUUUCUUUUUUGUCUCUCUUACUUGGUUGUUUAUUUAUUUAUAUUUAAUUUUGACAUUACCAGAAAACAAAUCUUCAAGGUGUAAAAUAUCUACCUGCCCUCUCUCAGUUACUCAGAUUGACAAGGUAGACACGGAUUUGGUUAAGGUGCAACGUGCCCUCAUUUGUGGCCCAAGCUUGCUCUCUUUCCUAAAUACCACACAUCCAACUCCUAGGGAUUUAAGCUGCUUACCUGCAUGUCUUGUACAAUACCAGAUCACUCAAAGAGUGUGUCAAAGAUUUUACCUGGGAUAUGACAAGUUAGGUCUCUGGUGCCUAUUUAUUCAUGCAGUGAGACAUAGCAUAUAACCCUCAAUUUUAUAGAUUCAAAUAAAUUUCAUCUACAGGGUGAGGUGCUUGCCCCAUACAGGCAUUGCAGUUCUAGGACCCAGGUCAGGUAAAGACAAAACACUGUACAUAUAUAUGCCUUAUGUAAUUACUUUCUUUUUGCAGUUAGUAAUAAAACCCAGCAUGUACAAAAGUACUAUAGAACAGAACUUCUAAAUAAUGUACAUAGAUGUAUAAUUAGUGUAGGUUUAGAUAUAUAACUUUAGAAAUAAGAUGCAAAAAAAAAAAAAAAAGAUUCCCAAUGUACAGUAGGUAUUUCUGUUCUGAUGUCUUUGCUUUCUUAAUUUCUUUGGUCCCAUUGACCACUGGCCCUUAGUGCAUGGCCUUUGUUCCAUAUCCCAAACUGGUAGUGUUUGGGUACCCCACUGUUACCUUGCUGAUCUUUUCAUUGAAUCUAAGAAGCCAUAGGUCUGGGGGAAGUUAGGAGGUCUAGUACAUGGCAAAACCCACCACCAAUAUGCUGAUAUACUAUGAAAUGUUUACAAAACUGAGGUCUCUUUUUUUAGUAACAGAAGCCUCACUGACUAGCUUGGGGGAAUAUUCCAGGGGAAGGACACUAUCUGGCAUGUCACCAAUGAUGUGUUUAUGCUUUUCACAUGAGCUGUCACCCUUUGUAGUACAAGAGUUUGGGAAACUCUUCUUCUACAAAACCAUGGAUUCUCCAGCUGUUCCACUCUGUAAUCGUAAGAAACUACAGACUUAAAAAAUGAGACAUGGUAAUUUAGCAGAAGACGGUUUCAGUCUAAAGCCAUGACAUUCAUGAAGGCACAUAGUAGGAGACAUAUAUUGUCAUCAUUCACCUAACACACUUUGACUCCAUCUGACUCUCUUCCUGUCCCCACCAGCUUAUCCAUCAGCAUUUCUCGCAUUUGUAUUUAUUAUUAUUCGUAUUCUUUUAUUAUUAUGAAAUGAUGAGAGUUCAAUAGUCAGAGAUUAGAUCAACAAUCUAGGUGACUACGAAAUCUUUCUAGAGAGUGCCACAGGUGGGAAAUCAAAUCCAAAGUGUCUCCCAAUCAGAAGAAAACGAGCAAAAAACUGCAGCCUUAAUUCAUUUUAAUCUGCAAAGAUAAAUGGAGAGAGAUUAAGAGAAAGAGAAGGAAGGCAUUUUGUACUAAAACUCUAAAUUCAAGAUGAAAAAAAUUCAAAUAAAAAGAUAAAUGGAAGAGAAUGUCAGACAAAAUCUCAAGGGCAGGUGGAAAUUUUGCACUGUAACAGAUCUUUCACAUUAAUUUCACAAUUUUAAACUAUUUGUUCCCUACAACAGUCGCCCAUCAUAAAUAUUCAUUGACCGAACUCAAGGUCCUUUUCAGCUCCUAUGGCUGUGCUCAGUUUGAGGCUUUGUGCCAUGGAGGUCAAAGAACUCAAACUAGCUAUCACUCACUCCCUGUUGCCCUUAACUUCCCUGACCAGAUUGCACAGGCCUUCGCUGUAGUUUGAGGACCUUGUCUACUAAAAAGCAUGUCCCAGAGAUAAGGAAUGUGGCUUCUCAGUUUAACACGGGGGUCUCUCUUCUCCCACCUCUGAGACCUAGCAUCAGGAUACCUGCUUCUUGGCACUUGGACUUAACUGGAAACAAAACUGUUGGCCAUAGCCCUUUCCUGUUUGCCAACAUCUCACGUUUUGCAUUGAAUAUCUGUUGAAUCAUUUAUUCAUUCCACACAAUCCAAGGAGGAGGUUGUAGUCGAGGAGAAGGAGAGAGCCCCAUACACUUCCUGCCAGGCUGUGGGGAGGUACUGUGGCCUUACCUCGCUGUAGCCUUAUGAAAGGCGCCCUUGACUUGGGGGCGCUAACCCUGCAGCAUCCCCAGGGUUGCAGGGCAAGGCAUGGUAGCACAAAGAAAGAUGAAGCAUGGGCUACAAAAAGUCUGCUAAUUUAGCUCUUGAUGACUCAGUGGGCCUUUUUUAAUCCAUACUAAGGCUCAAAGGACAACACACAUCCUGUUGUCUGGUUGGAAGAGCAGUUCAGGGCCCUCUAGCACAACUGAACAAAGAGCCUUGACAACCCUUUGGUCAUGCACACAUGUUAGGUCUCUAUCUGUGCCAGGGCACCCGGGGGUGAGGUCUCUCCCUAUUUCUCAUUGUCUUUGGUGUCAAUGUAGUUGGAGACAGAACAUGAACCAAAUCUCGUUUUUGUAAUGUGAGCCUCUGAAUCUUUAAACAAGGAUGCUCCAGAAGAACCUUUUACUAGAAUGUCCCUAUCAAACAUGUCUAUUUUUCUACAGUUAUUGAUAACACAGUUUAACAGUGUAUUUUGUGUCAACUGUUAAAAUUUGGAAUUGAAAGAAGCUCAUUAAGACUGAAUUUUCUAAGCAGCAAGAAUUGAAUGAUGUUUUUCAUUAAGACUGUACAACAAAGAUGAGCCCACAAUUUCUACUCAUUCUAUUCCAUCAUAUCUAGUCCCCAUUCACACAGUCACUUUGUUAGGAAAUCAAGUGCUAUGAAAAUAAAUAAGCCUAUUUUAAUGCAACAAUACCCAUAACUAAUGAGGAUCACCCUCAACUUGAUAUUUUGGUCUGUUAGUUUGGUGUGUUUGAGUCACUUUCCAUAAAAGCAUGGUGGGAUCUGAUAGCCAGAUAAGAAUUUUGAACCAACGGGUUACAGUUUGCCACAGUUGACCCCAAUCUGGAGAAAAGGGCAGACUCAGCUGGAAGCAAGACCUCCCCAAAGGCCGCUGAGACCCUUAGAUUCUCACUUCCACUCACCCCAAUAUGCUUUCCAACUGGAAACCUAUUUGUUUAUAAGUCAACUUUAUGUAACUAAUAAAACUGUUUAUGUUUUUGGCUGUCCCCUGGGCAAAUGAUACUCUUUUAAAUUAAUGUAUUUCUAAUCACUGUAAUGCCAGGUCAUUGCUUAUCCAUUCCCUCAUAACAUGGCAUUCCAGCCUAUUGAUCCAACAGAUAGCCACUCCAUGUCUAUGAGAAGGAACUCCCUCUUCCCCCACUCCCUUCCUCUGUCUGUCUCUCUAUUUUGUGCUAUCUCUAGUUCCCCAGAGCCAGGUCCAUUGACUUAGUUCAAUAUCUAUGUUCCCUAACAAAAAUCCAGCUAUUGUCUCUAAAAAUGUCAACACAGUUCUUAAGCACAAUUUUCUCUUGCAGGUUUAACCAAAUUAGGGCUCUGAAAUGUCCAUUUCUCAUUGUACUUGGAUUAAAAAAUUAUUUAUGACUUCAUUCAAAAGCCUAAAUUUUGAAGUCUCCAGAGCAACAUCCUUAUGCUUUCCCUCCCUACAUUUUCUUACAUUUCAGGUUUCUUACUUUUUCCCCUUUGCUUUUUAAUUUAGAUUUAAGCCAAUAUCUUUGGGAUGUUCAGAAACUGUUCAGAAAGGCAGGAGCUGGUGGAGAGAGAAAUUAUAAAAAUGCCAUUAGAAAACUACUUGAAUUCACCCAAAGAAUGUGAAAUCAUUUCAUUAGCUGAGUAAUUCAAGAUAAAAAGAAUCAAAAUAUUCAUAGUCAUUUCCAAGAUAGUUUGCCAAUAGUCUGACUAGUUUUCAGUCUUUCUUUCCUUGACUUGGGUAAUACUCUAUGUGACUCAGAAAAGUCAAAAGGGUAGUUGGAAAUUAAACACCCUACAUAAGUGGGAAACAGUAUCCUCUAUGAUUUCCUUUCAAUGGAUGGCUAUAACGUUGAAAAAUAUAGUCAGUAUAUACAUAAUAGAUGAUUCAUUGAUAUUGUAUUACAAUAUAGUAAAAUCAUAUAAUCCUGUUUCUAGACUUUAUGGUCAACCUGUUUAAGAAAAUGUAAUCCUUUCAUUUAAAAUGGAGUAAAACACAACUCUUCCUAAUAUUUCUGCCCUUGAUGUCUCGGAGAAUUUCUCAUACAGUGUCAUCUAGAAGUCAAAAGCUCUGUAAGGCUACAAAGAGAUUUUGACAAAGCACAAUAUCAAUACACAAUACAUUAACAAAACAAUAUUCCUAAGUUGUCUACAUUGUGCUGUAUUUGGGAACAUUCAGAGCACUUGCAUAAAUUAUGUCUUUUAAUUCCAAUCCACCAUGAGAGCUUGAGUGUUAUAAUAUAAAAAGAAAACUAGGGUUUGGGCAAACUGAGUAACUUCCCCAAGGUUACAAGUCUAGUAAUAAUAGAUCCCAGUCUCAAAUCCAGGGGCCAAGUCUUAAGCCAUGGUCUCUAUUUACUACAGAAAGUGUCGGCAAACCGAAUCUACUCACAGACUCCGGCCCACUGCCUGUUUUUGCACCACUUGUGAGCAAAGAAUGACUUUUACAUUUUUAAGAAGUUGGGGGAAAAAGACAAAAGGAUAUUUUCUGACAUGUGAGAAUUGUAUGAAAUUCCAAUUCCAGUGUCCAUAAAUAAAAUUUUAUUGGAAUACAGCCACACCCAUUCAUUUGUGUAUUGCCUAUGACCGCUUUCACACUACACUAACAGAGUUGAGUAUUUAAGACAGAGACCAUAUGGCCAGAAGACUGAAAUAUUACUAUCUGACCCUUUACAGGAAAAGUUUGCCGACCCCUAUACUGUACUAUUAAGUACUGUUCAUGUAUUAAGUACUACUAAUUACUAAAUGUUAUACUGUGCUACCAAGAGAUUCCUGGACAACUUAGAAUGAUGACAUUCUUUUCCAAUAUAAAUGCAUUGCAGUCACUCAUAGAUCUGUUUCCAAGAAAAAAUAACACAGUCAUAUAGUCAGGUGUCAAAGGAAGAGUCCUUCCUUUACGUAACCAUUCCCCCGAAGCGCUAAAUAAAUAACCAGCCAAGACUGAGCAGCCAACUCAGAAAGUGAUAAGGUAAAACAACUUCUUAAUGAACAAAAAAGAAAUGUGAAUCUCCAGUUCAGUGACUGAAACAUUGCAUCGCUGGAACCUAUAGGUGUUUAAAUAUGUAGAUAGUUGGGACACAUGUCUCUGACCAACAGCGUGAACUGGACUUGCAGUGGUUGCCACAUAUCAAUCCGGCUUGCCCUCCCUAACUUGUCUUCUCUCUUAUGCCCGCUUGGACUAUGGAGCUGUACUUGGGUCUUCCUGCUAGUUCUCUCUAGCCUGCAACUGAUCAACAUGAUAAAGAUGAACCGAUUGCUCAUAUCCAGCUGUCCAGUUCUGGCUCUGUCCAGUUCUGGCUCUGUCCAGUUCUGGCUCUCUCCAGCAACUUGGCCAAAAGUUUAACAUGAGAAUUAAGAACCAGAUACUUCUCUUGGAAAACCAAGAGGUUCUUUGAAAAGAGCUCAGGGAGAAACAGAGUAGUAAAGUGUUGCCAGAUUGUUUGUCACUUUCUGAAUCUUAAGCAUGAGAUAAAGAUUGGUAAUUACAGAAAUAUUGAAUCCAAGAAAUCCAGACAACGGAGUUUUGAGACAUUCUUUACUAUCACUAAGCUGAACUCACUUGUGUUCUAAGAAAGCAUUUCCAACGCCAGACAUAAGUCAGACAAGUGAGAUUCUUUAUCUCUUUAGUUCUAUUGGAAAAAUAUACAUAUCAGGUUCUCUUGAGUGCUUUCCUGGAAAUUAGGUGGGAGAAAAAUUUUUGUCACAAAUCAUUGUGAUGCACUGCUGAAAGAUAAAUGAUGGAAACUGAGAUAAAUUUGAUCCUGUGUCUAAAUCUAAAUAGUUAUAAUAUCUGCAAUAUAGAUGAUGCAAAAAGCUCAUGACCCUGCAACUGCAUGGAACAGCAUAAUAGCUAAGUGAGAAAAAAAGAAAUCUCAAAGUUCUAUACCAUAAAACUUAAAUGUAAAAGGAGUCAAACUUUUACUUGGCCUCAUUGCCUUGGUAAAAGAAAGCUUGAUGCAUCCACCUAAUUCAAAUAGGAAAGUCCUAAGAAGGAAACGAGGGCAAAAUACUUUGAGACGUGCAAAAAUAGCUCAUUGAGAUGGUCAGCAUGAUUAAGUGAUGGAGAUUUAUCACCAAUGAAAAUGGCUUUUGUAAAGUUAAUUUUAGAUACUACCCCCUAGUCAUGAAUCCUACUGUGCUCUGUGGUCAGCCAGAGAAUUGUGACCACAUAGGCAAUAGAUCUUGAUUUCAGAGAAUGAAAUGUUUCUACAAUCAAAGGGUAAUUGACCAUUUCAAGAUUAAGACUGCACCCAUUGUAUUAACACUGAUCAUAAAUACUGUGAUAUAAACCAGCCAAUCUUUAUAAGAAUAUGAAGGGCUGUUAUUCUCAGGCAAUGUAAAUAUCCACUACUAACAGGCACUAGUGAAAUAAACAUGUAAUGCAUCAUUAUUUCUAAAAUUCUGAUAGAAAUCAUAAAAUAUCCAUCCAAAGGAGCAAGAAGUCCUAGGAGCCCAAGCUCAGAUCUCUUUGGCUACUAAAACCCAGCCCAGGCUGAAUGCCUUAUGGAGUAUGUCAAUGUUGGGUCAUCAGCACUAAACACAGCUACAGAACUGGACUGACUAGAGCACAGAGAGGUGAGCUUCCAUCCGCUGUGCAUGAUCAGAACCUCUGGCUCCAUGGCCACUACUCUUAGAGAAGGAGAUGGAACACUGUUCUUAGAUCCAGUUGGUGCCAUUCUGGCAUCAUCUCUCAGCAUUAUUGCAAAUGGGAGUGGAUGUGAGCAAACUUCCCUUGGUUCAGUUUGGCCAUGCCAACCUGCGGCAGGCUUUCUGGAUGAGCCUCUCCCUCCAGGUCUGGUUCCUGCUCAUAUAGACAAUGACACCCUCCCCCAGAAGACAAAAGGGACUCUGUGUCUUUUGAGCUUAUCUUGGCUAGCAUUCUUGACCCUACAGAACACAUACCUGGAUCAGGGGUGACAACUCUCCCUAGGAGAACUGAAGUAAGACUUUCUGAAUCCCCUGUGCAGAGGGGUGCCCCUCCUAUACAUAAGUCAAAACCAAACAAUACUACUGUGUAAAUGGAGUAAGUGUAAGGAAGUCCAAAGAAAGUUCUCAUUUUCCCAUGGUAAUUACCUGGAUGAUUUUUUUUCCCUUUACAUAUCUAGUUCUUCAACCUCUGGAAAUUCUCACUUUUUAAUAUCAUGAUGCUGUGAGCACAAACUCAACUGGUUCAUCAGGCAAUCCCAACCAUCAACCUAGAUGGUCUGACCCUGUUCCUUUUUUUAAGUAAGUGGGUCUGAUUUGUUCAAACCUACCCCUGGACCAAUUCAUAUGUUGCCCUGGCCAAGAAAUUUCACAUACCCUCUCUUUCCUCUAACAGGAACCAACAAACAAGGACAUCAUUGUCAAGAGUCUCCUCUUUAUUUGCAAGGAACUCCCCUGGAUUGCCACACUUGGAGACACAACUUAUGUUGUCCCCAGGUGCCCACAGGGCUAUCACGUUACCACAGGUCAUCAUCCAAGCAUUCUACCCAGCUCCUCUUUCUGAAUCCCUCCCUUGGCUCACCACCAAAAGUCAUCUUUCCAGGCACCUUCCUCUGAGUUUCCAUUCCAUUCUUGAGUGUCCGCCAAGAACCCAUUUUGAGGCUAGUUCCAUCUCUUACCACCUAAUUGUCCACCACCAAUUUUAAUUGAGCACAUAAUAUGUUCACAGUCUGACCACCUGAGACCAAAAAAGUAGAAUUUUUCAUUUCUGCCCCCAUAUACACCUUGAGAGCUCCUGAGUAAUGGCUGGGCAUGAUGACAUCAGCCCAUUACUGAGCAGUGUAAAGUGAGGUCUUGUGCCAAAGGGACAGCUGGACUUUUCCAGGGGAAUCUUCUUGUCCCUUUCAACAUGCAAUUAGGCUAUCCAGCUUGCCAAAGAUGAUCCUGAAUAUCCUUAUUCAGCCCAGUGGAUCAGCUUCUAAAAUGAGAGUUAUACAGGAACAACGGUGAACUCCCACAUGUGUACAGGAUUCUGAAAUGAUGACCUAAAUAUAUGCCUAUGUUGGUAAAGUGGCCUUUCCUCCCCCACUGUCUGUACAGACUGUGCCUUGGGGAAAAACCAAGCACCCAUGUGGUGCCUGGUUACCUAGGCCUGCAUGGCUGCUACCAUGGCAACCUGCAGCCUAUCAGCAUAGACCUUUCCAUGGAGUCUCUGAGAAGAACUGGCAAAGACCCCAAGAGCUGGAGUUCCCAGAGGCUGGUCCACCUGC